GAUGAUGCUUUGAUAGUUUGAUGUUAACUGCUCCUUUUAUUAUAUUCUCCUGCCCCCUGACUUCAAGGUUGAGAACUGUUUCAACAGUCUCAUUUCAUAACAAUCCCUGCGUGUCUUUUUCGAGCAUUUAACUUUUUAACAGAUUCAAAGUUCCAAAAACUAGCCAAGUGGGAUUUGGAAGACCCAUCUGUUGUUUACUUCUUCAUCCCCAUCUGGGUUUGUGAGGCUCUGAAUGAAAAUAAAUUUGAUUUCUUGCGCAAGUUUUCAAGCUGUGUCUCCUGAAACAAGUUUCGGGCAUUCGGGUUUUUCUUUUCUAGUGUUUAUCUUCUAUUCUCCUGGUGAAGGUUGAAGCGGCCAAAUUAUGGAUCUUUGCUACUCAAAGGCAGUGUGAUUUUGGAGUUCAAAGUAAGAUGGAUUCGUUGUAGUUUCAGACAGAUCUGAGCGGGAAAGGAUUGCUAACAAUGGAACCGCCCAAGGGAUUAUGGGCUUCAUUGUGGAACUUUAUUCGCUUUCUUCCUUACUUCAUCGGACUUCUGCUUCUAGGCAACUUCAAAGGUAUCAUUUUCUGCCCAUUGAUAUGCUUAAUAAUCACUAUCGGGAACUCCGCUAUCAUUAUUGGUCUUUGGGCAGCGCACAGUUUUUGGACAUAUUACUGCGUAGUGAGAGCUAGGCAAUUAGGGCCAAUUCUGAAGUUUGUUAUCUGCAUAUGCGUACUUCCUGUGCUGUUGAUUUUGUGGCCUGUGGUUGGCAUAGUUGGGAGCAUCAUUGGUGGAGCAGCUUAUGGGUUUUUUACACCAAUAUUGGCAACUUUUGAAGCUGUUGGGGAAGGAAAGAGUGACCCGUUUUACCACUGCAUUGUUGAUGGGACGUGCAGCACGAUAAAAGGGAGCUUUACUGUUGUCCGGGAUGUAAGAGAUGUGUGUUUCUAUUCGUAUUUCUCGAUUAUGGAUGACUUGAGACAGAUGGGGCCUCCAGAUAUGAAAUAUCUUGAGAUCAGACUGUUAUAUCUUCCUGGUGCUAUUAUAGUAGGAGCGCUUGGUAUCCUAGUGGAUGUGCCUGUGAUAUCAUUUGUGGCACUUUUCAAAGGCCCUUACAUGCUUUUUAAAGGAUGGAAGCGUUUGUUUCAUGACCUCAUAGGUCGUGAAGGACCUUUCUUGGAAACAAUAUGCGUACCCUUUGCCGGUCUUGUUAUUCUUUUGUGGCCUCUGGCUGUUGUUGGGGCAGUUCUAGCAUCCAUGUUAGCAAGUAUCUUCCUCGGUGCUUAUGCAGGGGUAGUUGCUUAUGAGGAGUCUUCUAUCUUAUUUGGGCUCCGGUACAUUGUUGCAGCUAUGUCAAUUUAUGAUGAAUACAGUAAUGAUAUUCUUGACAUGCCAGAGGGAUCAUGCUUCCCCAGGCUUCAAUUUCGAAGAAAGAGUGAGUCAACACGAUCAACAUCUCGUGCACCUUCCUUCUCAAAAGCCAGCUCCUUCAAUAAGGCUUAUUCUCGCUCAUCUUCACUGAAAAACACUAUUGCAGAGCUGAAACUACUUGAGCUAUUAGAUGGGUUGUUUAGAGAAUGUCAUAAUGCCGGAGAAAAAAUGGUUUUGGAAGGAUUAAUCACGCGUCAGGACAUCGAGGAAGCCAAGUCUGGUAAAGGAACUGGAGUUAUCAGUAUAGGUUUUCCGGCAUAUUGCCUUCUUCAGGCACUAAUACGCUCUGCAAAAGCAAAUUCCGCUGGUAUUUUAAUAAGUGAUGAUACUGAGCUGACUUCCACGAACAGACCUUCCGAGACUUUCUUUGAUUGGUUCCUUAAUCCUCUUUUGAUCAUUAAAGAUCAAAUCAAAGCAGAGAAUCUUUCUCCCUCCGAAGAAGAUUACCUUGGCAAGUUAGUUCUUUGGAGUGGUGAUCUUGACAGAGUAAAAAGCUCCAGUGUUGGCCCGGCACCUGAAUCUGAGCGCAGGCGUGCUGAACUCAAUGGAUUGGCUAGAAGGCUCCAAGGGAUCAUGAAAUCGAUGUCGAGGUUCCCAACAUUCCGGCGGCGGUUUGAUUAUCUUGUGAAAACAUUGUCUGAUGAUCUUGCUGAGAAACAUGGAGCUCAAUCAAUUGCCAGAUCAAAGAGUGCAUUUGGUCGGAUGAUUAGUCUCAAUUCUUUCAAGGGCAAA